GGAUGAAGCUGAUAUUAAUCUGUGAGUGAUUCAGUCUACAGUAACACUGAGAAAAUGCAUCAUAAGAGGGCAGCGCUGAUAACGAAUGCAAGACAAACCUGAGCUCAUACUGCCCCCCUGUCCAGCAACAGUACUUUAAUGGUUGGAACUGCCCGCCCCAACCUACAUUACUGCCCUCGCAGACACAGCCUGAUGAUCACCGGUGCCAUGGGAGCGGUGCGAGUCAAUAGAUACAGCAUCGUUUCCACAGAUGAAGAUGCCCUGAAGAUCUCCAGCCUGGGCCUCCACAACGGCCACAGUCCUCUGACUCAGCAGACGUUGUCGGGGGCCUGCAUGCGGGGUGAAGAAGGAGGAGGAGAGUGUCCAGGGAGUGAUGAGGGAAGAGGGGCUUUGUCUUUGAGAGUGACAAAUGAGCCCAUCCACAACAGCUGCCGUGCUUCACCUUCAUGUCGUCUGGGUCUGGAUCUGGGCACCGGCCGUCUGCGCAGCCGCUUUGUGAAGAAGAACGGCCAGUGCAAUGUGGUGUUCAACAACAUGGAGGACAAGCCCAGACGAUACCUGGCUGACAUAUUCACCACCUGCGUGGACAUACGCUGGCGCUACCUGCUGCUUAUUUUCACCACCACCUUCCUCCUGUCUUGGCUGGUGUUUGGCCUGAUCUUCUGGGGUGUGGCGCUCGCUCAUGGAGACUUUAACUUUCACAUUCCUCUGAAGGAAGGGGAUCCUCAAAACAACGUAGAGGAUGGAAAAGAUGAAUGGCGGCCAUGCAUUCUCCACAUUCAGGGUUUCAUCGGGGCGUUCCUCUUCUCCAUAGAGACCCAGACCACCAUUGGAUAUGGUUUCCGGUGUGUCACUGAAGAGUGUCCAGUCGCUGUGGUGACUGUGGUGGUCCAGUCCAUUGUGGGCUGCAUUAUUGACUCCUUCAUGAUCGGCACCAUCAUGGCAAAGAUGGUGCGUCCCAAGAAGCGGGCGCAGACCUUGCUGUUCUCACAUAAUGCCGUCAUCGCUCUGCGAGAUGGUAAGCUGUGCCUCAUGUGGCGCCUGGGAAACAUGCGCAAGAGCCACAUUGUGGAAGCGCACGUGCGGGCUCAGCUCAUUAGGCCGCAUGUGACGGCGGAGGGCGAGUACCUCCCUUUGGAGCAAACGGACAUUGAUGUUGGCUAUGACGAUGGGCUGGAUCGACUGUUUCUGGUGUCACCGCUGGUGGUGGUCCAUGAGAUCAACAAGAACAGUCCUCUGUACAACCUGAGCCGUGCCGACCUGCUCAAGGCAGACUUUGAGAUCGUGGUCAUCCUAGAGGGGAUGGUGGAGGCCACAGCUAUGACCACUCAGGCCCGUAGUUCCUACUUGGCCAAGGAGAUCCUUUGGGGUCACCGUUUUGAGCCAGUGGUCUUUGAGAAGAGCGACCGCUACUACGUGGACUACUCCCGCUUCCAUAAGUCCUACGAAGUGCCAUCUACGCCUCACUGCAGUGCCAGGGAACUGAGUCAAAUGACAGGUCGUGGCGGGCAGUCCUCAUCCUCAAGUUCGAGUUACUCCCGCUCUCCAUCACCAUUUGUCCCGAGGGCAGCCCGCCACUUUCUGGGCCCUCACUCCCCCAGCGCCUUCUGCUACGAGAAUGAGGUAGCUUUGUGCUGUGGGGACGACGAGGAUGAGGAGGAUGUGAAAGAGAAGGCAGCGGGCCUGAAUGUCCGAAGUGACAGAGAGGUAAAGAUGAGAGACGACAUUCACUUGGGUUUCAAAGAGACGUUUGUGGAGGAGCAGACGGUGGAGAUGCUGUGUGUUCUGGACACAGAGAAUCAGAUCAGCCUUGACAGACUACAGCCCACUCUACCUUUAUACAUCAGCAGAGAGUCGGGAGUUUAAUCAAUGGUAAUGGCUGCCCUUCCAUUUGUUUCCUCUCUUUGUCUGUGU